CUUCUUAGUUUUUAAAGAAAGGAACUGCAACUGUUGCAGUUUAGAAACAGGGAAAUCUAAAUCUAAGCCCUGGUAUCUGCUGAGGACCAUCUUGCCCCAUCAUCGUGAGGCAGAGAGGCAGGAGAGCGGAAUUUUGGUUUUGAUGUAGCGCAGCAGUGGGCCACUGCACAGUCAAAAGCCCAUUGUUUCUUCCCCUGGGCAAAAGGAGGCUGCGGUUCUGAUUCAUGGCUGUAAACAACUCUGGAGAGAGCAGACAAACAGGCUUCAGGGCCUGGUGAGUCACUUCUGGGGGCCGGGGCCUCCCUCUUUUUGGGUUAUUCUUAUUCUGACUAGGCAUAGGUGGCUGCUGCAGGCCACUGUAGCCUGGGACUGCCACCUCGUGGCCACGUUCUGACUUCACAUAGCCCCACAGCUUGUCAGGGUAGGUGGGAAUGAAUGGGAAUUUGCUAUGAACUGGCUGGUCAAGCAGGGCCCAGGUCCUUGCUCACUAAGGCAGCCUUCGAGAGGCUCGCCAAACUAGGACUCAGUUGGCAUCCUCUGUGAGCCAGCAUGGCUGUCACUGUCUAGGCACAGAACCCUGGAUCUCUGUGGCUGUCAACCUGCCUCUAGAGAUUCCAUUACUUCUCAGGCCUCUUCCAGUCUCAGGGUCACAGACGUUGGCUCACUCUCGCUAAUGGUUGCCUGAGGUCUGGGCACUGGGCCACCACGCACACUCCAGCCAGGGUUAAACAUUAGUGGGAGGUUAUCGGGUUUGGAAAGGGGGUGGGGAAUCUCACUUGCAACAGUCUCCAGCGGGCCUGCUCGGAGUACCAGUUCCCACAGGAGCCCAGAAAAUGCCCGUGGAAGAGUUUGUGGCUGGCUGGAUCUCUGCAUAGACUUGCUUCCUAGACUUGGCACACAGGCCUCACUCAUACCACCUUCUUGCCACCGCAGGAGCUGUGGGCCUGGUCCUGGGGCACCCAUUCGACACUGUAAAGGUGCGGUUACAGACCCAAAGCACGUACCAGGGCAUUGUGGACUGCGUAGUCAAGACUUACCGCCAUGAGUCAGUCCUGGGUUUCUUCAAGGGAAUGAGUUUCCCCAUCGCCAGUGUAGCCCUGGUCAACUCCGUCCUGUUCGGAGUGUACAGCAACACGCUCCUGGCGCUAACAGCCACCUCCCAUCAGGAGCGACGGGCCCAGCCACCCAGCUACACAAACAUCUUUAUAGCAGGUUGUACUGGGGGCCUCCUGCAGGCCUACUGCCUGGCUCCUUUUGACCUCAUCAAAGUCCGUCUACAAAACCAGACAGAGCCAAGGAUGCAGAUAUCGAGUUCUAUGCCCCGGUACCGGGGGCCUGUGCACUGUGCAGCCUCCAUCUUGAGAGAAGAAGGACCCCAGGGACUGUUCAGAGGAUCCUGGGCCCUGGUGUUGAGAGACACUCCUACGUUAGGAAUGUACUUUGUCACCUAUGAAGGGCUAUGUCGCCAGUACACACCAGAAGGCCAGAAUCCCAGUUCAGCCACAGUUCUGGUGGCAGGGGGCUUUGCAGGCAUAGCCUCCUGGAUCACAGCCACUCCUUUUGAUGUGAUCAAGUCCCGGAUGCAGAUGGAUGGGCUGAAGGGAAGAAAGUAUGGAGGGAUGCUGGACUGCAUGGCAAGCAGCUUCCGGCAGGAGGGAAUAGGGGUCUUUUUCAAGGGCAUGACACUCAACAGCGCCCGUGCCUUUCCGGUCAAUGCUGCCACCUUCCUUAGCUAUGAAUACCUGCUACGCCUGUGGAGAUGAGCCUGGCCAGGCGAUACUGGCAACUCCACAGCAGAAUCAUGGCUAAUAGCAGCUUGGAAAACCAAGCUAAAGCACCCAGUUUUCCGGUGCAAAAGCACGAGGCACCUUUUAUCAUCAAGAGAGUUAAGGAGCCAAUGUGCAAGAAACCAAUGAACAAGAAACCCUGUGCAGACUCCAAGACACACCCCACCUCACCAGACACUUCUGUCCAGGCAGCAGGGGCACGAAGUCCAUAAAAAUCACCAAGGCCACCAUGCCAUAGCCACCCCUCUGAAGGAGCACUCAGAGACCAGCCACUGUGCUGGCAUCACCCAGCUCUUGAGUUCAAACCACUCCCUGAACAGGAGGAUGACUUCUGUCUUCUUCAUGUCCAGAAUCCUUCAGGGGUUUCCAUUACCUUCAGGGAAACCCAGGUCCUAGGCUCCUGGCUGGCCUGCCCCACCAGGUGGCCUUCUCUUGGUUACUUCCUGGUGUAGGCCCUCAAGUCCCAGGAAUGCCAUGGGUGGUGUCAUUGUCCUCCAGUGGCCCACUCUCCUCAAGAUCCAGGCAGAGCUCUUCAUUUAGGGGUCCUUCCAACCUCAUCUGUGCUGAUUAUGGGGUACCCAAGCACCCCAGCCCUCCUGCCUACCUCAGUCAUACCUCUGUGUGCAGUGCUUCAUGGUUAGUUUUGUUUUGUUUUUCCUCCUUUGAGUAGUUAGUUUGUGCCAGUCUUGUGCUCAAGGCUGUACUUCUGUCCCUUGAACAGAUACAUGAAAUAAAGUUUCAUCUGAUGCAGUA